AUGGCUCAAAACCAACUGAAAAAUCUGGAAUGCUUAAAAGAUAGCGUCUACACAAGGGAUGAAGUCGAAAGACAUGCCAAACACGAUGAUCUUUGGGUGAUCUAUAACAGAAAGGUCUAUAAUAUGACGCCAUUCUAUCCGUUUCACCCUGGUGGCGAUGCUAUGUUGAAAAAGGCAGGAAAGGAUGUCACUGUGGUAUUACAUACGAUUCCUGCCCAUGCAACUGCGUUUGCAACGAUCGAGAAACGGUUAGGAGAGAACUGCAUUGGAACAAUCAAGUAUUAA